GAACGAUAGAUGGCGCGACCGAUUUGUUUAUGGAGCAACAAAGAUGGCGAUAUAUACGGACUGAAACGACCAUAUGAAAUGCACGACAGCUUCUCCAUGGGUAAAGUAUGCACUGUUUCUACAACUCGAAUUGAAAAAAACAUCCAGUGCUUUAGUAAGUUGGUCAUUUGGUAGAUAAGCAGCAUGCCACCACAUAGGGGUGGGGCGCUGGACGCCAUGGAUUCAGAUAUCAGCUUCCCCCUUGAUCGGUUGUUUGAUGAAUACAACCUUGACCACAUCCCAGAGGAUGAGCGUAUGGGUCUAUUCAAGCACAGGGACCUGCCACAUGUCAAGCAUUAUAAGGCUGCAGUGAAGAUAUUUGGUGGCCCACUCAGCAGAAAGAGGGUCAUUGUUGCUCCUCCAAUGGAAACAAAGAUGAGACACCGACUGGGAUGUUACUUAAACCAGAAACCUAAACCUGCCCCACUUAUUAUCAAUACUGUGGUGAAACCUCCUGAGCCCUUAGUGGAUAAACUUGAGUAUGACCGAGAGGAAAUUCAGAGAGAAGUUGAAAAAGAUAAAGAGUUUCAAUACAAAAAAUGGAUCCAAGAAAGACAGAAGUUUCGAAAUAACAUAGAAAACAUGGGACUCAGUGAAGACUGGUUGAGAAAUAAGCCAAAGAAAACUGCCUUGGAGAAGCGUGUUCUGCGACGUAUGGAGCAAGAGAGGAUGCCAAAAGAGGUGGAGAUGGCUCCUCCCCCAGAGACCCCCAUUAGUGCUGAAAUCAAGAGUGUUCCCUGUGUCAAGGUCCCCUCACCACUUGGUAUCCGUAUAUUGGACCUAUUUCUUAAACGGAACAAAAUGAGACUGAUAGAUUUGUUUACACAAACAGACAAGGACAAGAACUGGAGGUUGUCUCGGGAUGAAUUCAGGAAAUCUAUUCGACAAUCCAAAGUUCCACUGUCUGAGCCCCUACUGGAGGACCUGAUUCUAUCCCUUGAUGAAAACUUUGAUGAGGAGCUGGAUUACAAGGAGCUGGCGCGAGGACUUGACAGUUGGCGUCGAGAACGCCGUGAGAACAGACGCAAGGAACUAUCGAGGGAAACAACAUCGCUGUCAUCUAAAGGGACCAAUUCUCAUGCAGGGUCACCAGUGUUGGAGACUGGCCCAGAGCAUGAAGUGUCUGACCUCACCAAAGGCACUGUGGUGUCUGGUCCGAAAUCUGCCAAGUCCAGUGCACGAUCUGCCCCGAAGUCUGCCAAGUCAGCUGGUCAGGGCUCAGUCGGAACUGACCAAUCAAAGCUAGAGGGUCAAACUGCCACAGUUGAGGGGGAUGCGGAUGGAGGAAAGAAGAGGAUAGACUCGGGUAAGGAGAGUGGCCAGGGAAGCACUCACACUGUCCUCACCCAGAGUCGCAGUAGCACUCCCCAGUUCCUCCAUCCCCCAGAUAUCGAUACCCGCCCUGAACAAAUGGUGCUCAAGUCUGAUGAAGCUAUGGUAGAUUUGCGAAAGCGAGACAGGGAAGCCCUAAAGGGUUCAAGCCAAACACACAAAAUGUCCCCAAAGAAGAUCCAAGAAGACACGCCCCCAGGAAUCAUUAAGAUUGGUGAUCGUGCCAUUGACAACCACUGUAUGAAGUCCACUCUACAGGGGGAAACUGCCUCUAUGAUUGACAAGUACAGGCAACUCAAACUGAAAGAGUAUUACGAGAUCACGCGCAUGUGUCAGGUGCAGAGCACUACCCUCAGUAAAGCCCUGCUAGAGAGAGUGCUGCUUCACCCUCCUGACCACCCUAGAGUUUCCAUAGAGAGACGUGUCAAGACGCCUGGUGCACCUCUUUUGUCUAGUCACCACGCAGACCCUCCAAAGCGACCCCGAACGCCAAUAGAGGUCAAGCACAAGGAUAAAGUUCGUAGGUCACGUAGCGGUAAACUGCUCAUUGACAGCCGUCACAAGUAUCCCCAGCGUUCGUCUGUGGCGGCCACUGGUACCAAGGAGAACCUGUCUACAGGCAAAGCAGUCAUCAGGCGGCGUGUUGACUGCUGGAUGACAUUUGAGGAGUAUGACAAACUCACAAGUCACUUGGCCAUUAGAUACCAGCAGUUACAUGGUACAACGAAUCAGAAUGCAUUUUGGCCUGGUCACCUCAUGGACAGGGUACGGCUCUGCAUGCCGCCGUACAACGAGCCAGAAAUAGCAGACGGCACACACAGUGUAUUCUCCCACGUAAAGGGAGAACCCAGCGUGUACCCAGGACUACAGCGGGAGAAUAGUGCAUGGCCAAUUAAUGAUAAUGGUUAUGUACAAUCGGGCAUUCAUGACCCAUUCGCCCGCAAAUACAGUUAUCUGUGAUAUGAAGUAACAAGUGAUAUAUCAUACUCAUUUUAGUAUGCAAAUUUCCGUAUUUUGAUACCUUUGUGCAAAAAUAUGACAUGUCAUCAAUAAAACUUAGUUAUAUAGCAUGAAUGCGACAAUGGAAAAUGCCAUGCUUGCAGCUACUAAACAGCAAAAUUCCUUCAAAGCAAUGACAAUGGUAUAAGUGAUAACUGCAAUUAAAGUUGAUUGAAUUAUACUUUUGAUAGAUUGAUUGCCUCUGUGGCAAAAUGUGUGUGAUGUAAUUUUAAUAUUAUCCAUUGUUUUUACUUUCAUUUUAGAAGUAUAUGUACUGAAGAUAAAGAGCCUUAUACUGUUUGUAAACCUUGGUGAAUAUGUUUGUAUGGUACCGUAUAAGUAACAUGACUGCCAACCAGAUUGCAUCCUUGAUACUUGAUUACGCUCUCUUUCGCUCUCUGCACCCCUGGAAUAUGUCAUAGCAAAAUUGAAGGCACAAAGACAGCUGUUUGAUUGGUCUCGGGUAAAAAAAAUACCUGACCAUUUGCUAGGCUGAUACCUGUCCAAUGAAGAUGGCAAAGGAGAAACACGUCUUCAACGUCAAUCAAGUUUUACAGUUACGUGACCGCGAGAAUCUUUUUAUGUACAUCAAAGGGUCGAACUAGUCUUCUUGUUCCUUCAAUUUUGCUACGAUAUAUUCCAGAGGUGCAGAGAGCGAAAGUGAGUGUAACCCCUGGAGUAUCAAGGAUGACCAGAGUGGAAAACUGCUGAAUAUAUUGCAUGAACGUUUUCAUGGCCGUGCCUUUGAAAUGUCCUUUAUCUACUCUAUACAAGUAAUGGUGACAUUAAAAUGCAUUUUGUUUCUCUAAUAUUUACUGAUUAAUUGGCUGAAUCGACAUAUUGCUGUUCAAUCACAAGACCUGUUAGGCAUAGAAUGUAUGGCUUCCGACAAGGCCUUGAUCUAGAAAUUGCCUUAACAGUUUAACAGCAAGAUCCAAUGGAUACCGGCUCUAACUAUACAUUACACCUGGUCGGGACCUAGAGCUAGCCUGUUCGUGGUUCAACACUAGUUUACCCAAUGUUUAUGGAUAAAUCACUUGACCUAUUGGGUAUUAACUAAAAACCAUACAUUGCUUGGACCUUUAACUGGCCUAAUACUACUUCAGUGACAAUAGACCCUGUGGACACUAACUGUAUAUGAUACAUUUUACAUUGCCCAUACCCGUUUCGUUGAGUUCUAGUUACAUAGUUUAUACGUUCCUCAUGUACAAAAUCAUACAGAUUUGCCGGUAGAGUCAUGAUAAUUGAUGUCUAUAAACGCUGAAGUUGUUGUCUCCGGCUUCAGUCUAUAUACUUGUAGUUGCAGGUAAAUCAAGCUGAUAUAUUGGCUGGCUUAGAACUAACAGUCAGUACUGUCUAGGGUCGUCUUGGGUACAACAACAGUUGGCCGGCUUAUUGACGGCUUCUGGUGUCGGAGUAGAAUCUGUACAAAAAGAUUACAGAUUGACGGACAUAUAGGGAACAGCCCGGAUGUUUGUCUCAUAGCUGAUAUAUACAAACACAAGCAUUUGUUUAUUUAUAUGUCCAUCUAUUUAUUUAAUCUAAUAAAAAACGAUUACUCAGGUAAUUGCUCUGUA